AGAAGAAGAAGAAUGUGAGAAGACGUCGAACACAUUUUUUGUUUACUGCAAAUCUUCCGAUUUAAAUUAAUUUAAUUGAGACACAAGUAUGGUCAGUCUUUGCGUCAUCCCUCUGUUUAUACUGCUAAUAUGCAAAGCAUCUCUGCAGGUGACAGUUGUGGGUUUUAUUGGAGAUUUCAUUGUUCUGCCGUGUUCUUCCAGUAACAAUGACCUUAAAAGAGAAGAAAUAACAGUGUAUUGGAGACACAACAGCAGCAGAAAUGUGUAUAACAUAAUCGAGGGCAAAGAUUCAAUAGAAGGCCAGAACACGGCCUACAAGAACAGAGUUGAAACUUUUCCUGAGGAAUAUGUGAAAGGAAACUUCUCCCUCAAACUCAACAAUCUUCAGUACACUGAUGGAGGAAAGUACAUCUGUUAUAUUACAAAGAGCUGCAGAAUCCGACCGUAGAGCUUCUUAUUGAAGGCAAACAAACAGGAGACAAGAAGAGAAGCCAUGCAGUGGAAACAAGACCAGAACGGAUUGUGUCUUUUUUCAUAACUUUUUUCUCUGUUUAUUUUUUGCUAUGUGUGUGAAAGCCAUGAAUUCUCAACUGGUUAAUUAGAUCAGAUUUGCUUCAAGAAAUGAGCGCAAGCUUAUGAGACAUUAUAUUAACUUACCUCACUCAAGUGCUCGAAAUGCAUGUUCAUUAAUUACAUGCUUUUCCGUGAGAUUAGUUAUAAUACCCCUCCAUGGGCCUCAUUCACUAACUGUGUGUACACACUGAAAUCAUGAUUCAUUAAGAGGUUAGUAUUUAAAUCUAUUCUAAUUUUGCAAAUAGAAUUUAGAACCAACUAAACCACUGGGUCGAGGGUGUAGCAAGGGCUGUUAAUUAUGGAUUCAUUAAAAAACAAUGAAUCCAUAAAUUCAGACCUUUGCAUAGUUGGGCAAAAGACAUUACAGACAUUUUCUACUGUAAAAAUUGCCCUAAAGUUUUCCAAAUAUUCCUUAUAUUUGACAGCGAUAAAAGAUGACACACGACUCGUGUUCACAAGGACGUUAGUAGUAGAAGAAAUACAAUUAUAAAAUUUAUAAUUAGGGCUGUCAGUCGAUUUUUAAUAAAUGUAUAUAUAAAAAAUAAUGUUUUAAUUGAAUACAUUAUUUAUCAAAUUAAACUAAAUUGUUCAGCAUAUAUAUAUAUAUAUAUAUAUAUAUAUAUAUAUAUAUAUAUAUCAAUGCGUUGAGAAAGGCCCCCAAAUAAAGGAUUACAUUUUUAAUAAUUACAAUUAUUGUAAAAAUAACAUAUAAUUCAGAUCAUUCAAAUACAUGACAUCAUUGUUGCAGACAAGGAUUGAGUUGACAAUGCAAAAAGUGGCUUUAGAAGUCAAAUUAUUGUUAGUUUUAUUUCCAUUGAACAGAAGCCUUUCAUUGGCCUUCUCUAGACUGCAGUCAGUUUUCUAUAGAGUUUGUCAGUCUCUGACAGGACGUGUUCCAUGUGUGCUGUUUUUAAUUGAUGGCCUAUGUUCACCGUCUGCUGUCUUUGAGAGCGUCACCUGUGAAAGGCUGCGCUGACUGCCCCCUGCUGACUGUGGAAUCUCGGAAACAUCAAGGCAUUACUUAAAGCUUGAAUGACUCCAAUGGUUGGAAAAUUCUUUGUUGCGAUGUAUAAUAAUAAUACUUAUAUAAAAUAACAAGUAUUGAAUAAUAACAAGGAUGAAAGGACAGAAAUAAUUUACUGUUUGGGGCUAAGAAAAAGGGAAAUCUAGCAUACAGUAUGUGAAUAGAUCAGUUAUUGUAAUGCUUUUUAGUGUUACUUUUGCUCUUCCCCCUACUAUAUGGCUAUAAGGUUAUGUUACUAUUAUUAAUUAAUAACUGGGACGUGCUCCUUUAAAAUAAUCUGUAUUCAUGAACAUUAGAACAAGGUUAAAUACGAAUUUACUGUAUGCAUGUACACACCACAAAAUUUUGUCUUAGGACUUAUCGGAAAUGGGCAACUAUGCAUUUAUUAGUGAAUGAGACCCUUUGUGUAUGUAUCAAAAUCAUGCUUGCUGACACACAAGCCAUUGGAUCUGCAUCCUUAUGUAUAAACUCACUGAUGGGUUCUGACUGGUGGAACAAUCACAAAAAAGCAAUCUAUUGUAGAGCCGCCACACUCACUGUUCCAUAUGUCAAGUCCAUUAAAUGUGCAAGCUAUGAGAAUGCACUAGCUGAAAACAGAAUUGAUGAAAAGCAUGCCGAAUUAAAAAGUGCAUGUGAGUGCAGUUAAAAAGUUGAUAAUCUUUUGAGUUGAUACAAACAAAAAAUCAAUUGAUUUAAACCCUUUGGUUUAACUAGAAAAGGAAUGUUCAUUGUGGCAAAUUCGAUGCUUUCUUGACGAAGCCUUGACUGAAAUAUAAAGCUUAAAAUCAUUUAUGUUCAUAGGUUGCAGAGGUCUCUGCAGGGGCGCAACUGCUGUCCGACUGCCCCCUGUAUUGAUUCGUUGCAUCCUUUGUGUGGGCGCCUACUGUAUGUGUUGCUACAGUUUAUGCACCUCUAGAAUACUUUACAUUAAAGAGACAGAAGAUAGAUGGAUAGAUUGGAUUUACUAAGUAAUAUUUAUAUGUAUUACUAUUAUUUAUCUAAUUUAAAUUAUUUAAUGUAUUUAUUUAUUGUUUUGUUAGUCUACUGAAGUUAGGUCUCAUUGGAUGGGCCUAAAAUCAGUUGUAUUAAGUGUAAUUGGAGUGGUGGUGGCAUAGUGGGCUACAGAAUAUAACUGGUUUGAUCCCCACAGCCACCACCAUUGUGUCCUUGAGCAAGGCACUUAACUCCAGGUUGCUUCAGUGGGAUUGUCCCUGUAAUAAGGGUACCUGCCUUCACUCGCUUUGGAUAAAAGCGUCUGCCAAAUGCAUUAAUGUAUAUGUAAUUUCAGAUUGAUUACUUCAAUGGCUUUGCAAUAUAGACAUAAUAAAGUAUAA